AUGAACGACAUCCUAUUAUCCCCGGCUCUGGAGGACCAGGUGACGUCCAAAUUUGAUGAAUUGGUAGCAAAGGGUGAGAUCAUCUACGAGCCUUCUACCGCUGAUAUAAAGGAGGACGAGGGGUUUAAAGUAUGUUGCAGACACUACAUGUCCGGAUUACCCUCCCGCCGUCAGAUUCUAACCUGGUACCCUGGAGCACAGUUUCAAUUUCGGCUGGUUCCUCAUUUAGUCCGGAAGCCUAUCACUGCGCACGAUGCUCCAGAGCGAAAAACCGGCAGAGGGAACAAUCCUUUCCUCAACCCUGAUCCCAAUUUUACCCUGUCAGAGGUCGGUUCUUUUCACCUCCUCCUGCUCAACAAGUAUUGCGUAUAUCGACCCAGCUUACUUCUCAUAACGCGCCACUUUGCACCACAGUCUGACAGUCUCGAUGCUCACGACUUGUCCGCCGCAUGGUCAUUACUGAACCGCUUCGAGAAGAAGUACAUGAUGAUCUUCAAUUGUGGCUAUGAGGCAGGCUCUAGUCAAGGCCACAAGCACAUGCAACUGUGGCACUAUCCCGAUGAGCGUGAGAUGGGGUUCCCCCUGUUUCCCAGCAAAGCUGUCUCGACGACAGAGAUCACCAGUGACAUCGAGGAUGUCCCACAUCAGCAUUUUGUUCUACGACUUCCGUCGAAAGUCGACGAAACAGUACUCGUAAAGGCUUAUGGAAGGCUGCACAAGGCUGUCGAGGACUGUCAUGCCAGGUAUGGUGGUGGGCCAGCUUACAAUGUCAUUCUUGUGAGGGAGUGGAUGUGUUUGAUACCCCGACGACACUGUGGGCUCGAAAGAGGAGCAGGUGCCAAUGCUGCUGCCAUCGUUGGCACGGUUUGGGUUAUCAGUGAGACGGAAAAGGAGAUAUGGAAUGCGGAGUAUUUCAGGUAUUUGGGCUAUCCUAGAGAAGCACGACCCGUGGGAUUAGUGCAUCAAUCAACAACAUAG